CGUCUAUUUCAGUUAAGAUUUGUUAAGUAACGGAAUCACAGGAAAUAUUUUCCUGAACUUAAAAUAUUCUUAUUUGUAGAAUAAAUCUAUUUUUUUUUCUAUUAUUAUGACUUAAAAAAUACUAUAAUUUAAAUUUUACAAAAAAAAAAAAUCAAAAUAUGGAGUCGGUUGAUGGAAUAAAUUCGAUUGACUUGGAGUCAUCAUCUCUAACUAAUACCAAAAACGCGGAUAGUUCUAUUUGCGAAAAAGAUGAUCGCCUGGGUCAACUUACAACUCCUGAGGGUCUACGAGCACAAAAUUCUAAAUAUGGCAAAAUUGACAAAGAACGUAAAAUCGGUCAUCGGCGUGUCGGUGAAGGUGGAGAAAUUACGUACAAAAAAAUUCAAACUUCACAGAUUAUGGGUUCCAUUCAGUUGGGAAUACAGCAUACGGUUGGAAGUCUUGCAUCUAAGCCAAAACGAGAUCUUCUCAUGAUGGAUUUUUGGGAGAUAGAAAGCAUAUCAUUUCCCCCUGAAGGUUCUAGUUUAACACCUGCACAUCACUACAGCGAAUUUAGAUUUAAAAUUUAUGCUCCCAUUGCAUUCCGUUACUUUAGAGAUUUGUUUGGAAUCCAGCCAGAUGAUUUUAUGAUGUCAAUGUGUUCAUCUCCUUUGAGAGAAUUAUCAAAUCCCGGCGCCUCCGGUUCUAUAUUCUACUUAACCAACGAUGAUGAGUUUAUAAUAAAAACUGUCCAACACAAAGAAGGAGAAUUCUUACAAAAACUUUUGCCAGGAUAUUAUAUGAACUUAAAUCAAAAUCCAAGAACGUUGUUGCCAAAAUUUUUUGGUCUAUACUGUUUUCAAUGCAAUAGCAAAAAUGUUCGAUUAAUUGUUAUGAAUAACUUAUUACCUUCAUAUGUAAAAAUGCAUCUUAAAUAUGAUUUAAAAGGAUCAACAUACAAACGGAAAGCAUCUAAAGCUGAACGUAGUAAAAAAUCGCCUACUUUUAAAGACUUGGAUUUCAUGGAACACCAUCCAAAUGGAAUUCUUCUUGAAGCUGAAACAUAUAAUGCGUUAAUUAAAACAAUUCAACGUGAUUGUACUGUGUUGGAGUCUUUCAAAAUAAUGGACUAUUCAUUGUUAGUCGGUGUUCAUAAUUUAGAUCUAUCUUCCAAGGAAAAACAGAGUGCCCGUAAGUCAAAUCCAAAGACUAAUCUCCCUAGAACCGAAGAUUCCGAUUUAGAAGAUGCUCCUGAAGCUGAUCAAUGUAUUGCAAUGGAUCGAGAUAAUGCUGGUGUCAAUCGAAAUAGCUUAUUAUAUAGAUCUGUCAAUAAACAACGUUUGGUCGCGCACUCUACAGCAAUGGAGAGUAUCCAAGCCGAAAGCGAACCCAUUGAUGACGAAGAGGAUGUUCCACCCGGAGGUAUUCCUGCCCGAAGUGAAAAAGGCGAAAGGUUGCUACUUUUUAUCGGAAUAAUUGAUAUUUUACAAUCUUACCGCUUGAAAAAGAAGCUAGAGCACACUUUUAAGGCCAUAAUACAUGACGGCGAAACCGUAUCUGUUUGCCGUCCAUCCUUUUAUGCGCAACGUUUUCAAAACUUCAUGGCUAAGCAGGUGUUUAGAAAAAUACCUUCACUGGAUCUCCCAGAAAUCAAGGGAAACCAUAGAAAGUUUCGUACCUUGGUAUCCAGUUAUAUAGCUCUGAAACAUUCCCCAUCUAAGAGAAAAAGCUUAUCGCGGGUUAUACAAAAGUCAAUUGAAAGCGAAACCGAAUCUCGAUCUGCUAGUAAUACUGCUGGUCUAUCUCAAGCACCUAGUACGCAGCCAUCAAAGCCAGCUAGCCGAGCUACAACAGUAGCUUCAAAUCCAAGUGGGCCUCAAAGCAAACAGAAAUCCAGUACUAUUAAACCGAAAGUACCACCACCAGUGCCACCAAGAGGAUCUCCUCGAAAUAAAAAAGGAGAGCAAUCGCGACAACCAAAAGCCACGUCUGUAUUUGAGGAUCAAUCGUCGUUACAGCAACGAGCUUCAUCAACAGGCACUACACCUUCUUGUUGCUCGACACCUCCCCCUGCUUUUGAUGAAAUUUCUGAAGAAAGCUUACAGAAACAAAGCUCUGGACGUAGAAAGAAUGAACGUCAAGUGAACACAAGCGGAUCAUCAAUGUUGAGAACAUCAACCAGGGAAGAUACAAUUAGUGUUUCAGAAGUUCAUUUGGAACCUUACCUUGCUGUUGAUACCUCACUUAGCAGUCAAUACUCUUCUCGCGGUGGCUUAGCAUGGACACCACCCGCAUCAGGUGAAGGCUCUACUCCAACGUGGACCGAAGGUACACCUAGUUUUACGGAUUCUAGUUCAAGUGGAGACUUCGAUAACUUUUCGCCCAUAAGCAGACCUAAAUUCGAUAGACAUAAGCCAACCGUUGAAGAUGCCCUAAGCUCGCUAACUUCAGAAAUGAUAAACUAACAUCGCUGCAAUAUACCGUAAUUACAUAUACAUAUGCCACAUAAAAUUUUAACUAGUUCUAGUUUAAUUUGUUCGUUUGACCAUAGAUAGAACUUUUAACGUAUGUACAAUAAUAGAUCGUUGUAUUCAUUUGUAUUUAUUAUCAAAUUAUAUUGUAAAUCUUGUCUUAUAUUACUAUGUAUGUAUGUAAAAUAAUCAAUAAAUUCAAUCGU